AUCAGCUGUGUCCAAUCACUGCUGAUCACAUGGCACUGAUCAUUGUGGCCCCAGAAGUGCCACCUGUCAGUACUCAUCAGUGCCACGUGUCAGUGCCCAUCAGUGCCACGUGCCAGUGCCCAUCAGUGCCACAUCAAUGCCACAUAUCAGUGCAUACCAGUGCACAUCAAUGCCACAUAUCAGUGCCCAUCUGAGCUGCCUUUCAAUGUCACCCAUCAGUGCCAGUCAGUGCCACCUAUCAAUGCCAAUCAGUGCCACCUAUCAG